GUUGACCCCGGUUGCCAAGUAAACUUUUGUCUGUUUAGAUGAUCUGUAAACUGUAUUGACAAGACUACUCCUUGCGUCAGAUUGUCGUGAGAAAUGAGUGUGUGUCAUGACUCUGUGGUCCUGGAGGUCCGGCCUGUUACAGCACGGGUUCAAGUGACUGAGCUGAGCGGUCCAGGGAGCAUCAACCCAACUCCUGCCUGUAAACCGAAUCAAGACCCAGACAAAGCAGUGGAACCAUACCUUUCUCCAAAAAGAUUGAAACUGUUGUGCGGUACUCAUGACCUCUCUCUUGUGAACCAUCUGGAGAUCUGCGUAGACACCCAAGAAAAUACACUGGGUGACUUUGUUUUUCUUGCAGGUGCUUACUUGCCCAGAUUAGAGCAGCUGAAAAUGAACAACAGCUUCAUCAUGUCAUUGAGAGACCUGGGAACCACCCUGUCCCACCUGCAGGUGCUGUGGAUGUCUCACUGUUGCCUUCAAGACUUAAGCGGCAUUUCUACUUUUGAUUCUCUUAAGGAGCUCUACCUACCCUAUAACAAUGUGUCCGACCUAAGUCAGGUUCCCAUGCUGGAGAACCUGCAGCUUUUAGAUUUGGAAGGGAACUGUGUGGACGACCUUAUCCAGAUUCAGUAUUUGGGUUUGUGUCCCAAUCUCCAAACUCUCACCCUGGAGGGGAACCCUGUGAGCAAACGCCCUAACCCUGCUUCCCCUCAGGCUGAAGAGUAUAAUUACAGAGCAGCAGUGAGGGAGUUGGUCCCUCAGUUGCGUUACCUAGAUGAUGUGAAGGUGGAGGAGGACAAGUUGACCUGCUGCAGCACCAUGCAGGAAGACUGGGACAUUCUAGGAAUGUCUUUUCAAGAGUCCAACUCUUUCAAGACUGCUGAAAAGAUAGCAAGCCAUCUACGUUAUUGUGCACACAUUACUGGUCCUUCGGGUGUCAGACCUACGUCGUCUGCAAACAUGAGGCCCAUAGUGGCGACCGGGCACAAAGUUCUUUCCUCUCCAGGAUCAAGACCAACGUCUUCAGACUCUGAUGUAGCAUCAGUAGAAGCAGAAACCAGCGCCCUUACGCACGGAGCUGGCAAGAUCCUGUUUUGUGGGAAUCCUGUGCAGGCUGUUCGAGCAAGGAGAGAAAAGCUGAACACGGCACCAACCAGAUCCUCUUUGAUCCCUUGCGAACUUCCCAUCUAUGUGCCAGAACACACGUAUGACCUAAAGGAGCCUGAUCCUGAAGAGCGUGUCAAUGUGUUUGCAGAGCUGCGGGCCUGGAGGGAACAACACAGCAAACAUCUAGCAAUUAUAGAGAAAGAGCGAUUGCCACGGGUCCUGGUUAUUCACCAUUCUGAUGAAAAAGAGCACAAAAGUGAGGAGGAGGAGGAAGAAGAAGACUUUGGUGGUAUGAAGAGCGACAGCAGUGACGAAGAUCAAGAAGAAGACAAACUCUGUGACGGCUUAGCUACCGGCUCACCAGACUCAUCAUUUCAGUCUCUCUCCCCAGACCUGAAUCAACAAGAAACAUCUUUCCCCAACAUGGUCCCACUAUCCCUGUCUACAGUCACCACACCUUGUCCUUCUCCUCCUGUUCAUGUCACUGCAGCUCCCAUGAACACGAAGCUGCCAGGCAUUCGUGCCCGUAAGCUUCGUCUCUCCCUGUCCCAUCCAGAGCAGCUCGGCAGAAAAGACUUGGCCCCUCAAACAACGUCAGCUGCAACAGAAACAGAACUGACGUCCAAGAGACAUUUGGCAAGGGCCACUUACUCACCCCAUCCACCUCUGAAAAGUUAUCCAUGUGAAGGACCAGUGAUUUCAAGGUAUGACAAUAAUAACAGUCCCAGUCUACCUUUGACCUCCAAGCAAAAGAUGUCAAAAAUCCUCCAGAGACCAGUGAUAUCCCGCCCUCACACUGCUAGAGCAGUUCUGCAGAAACAUCCCCAGCACCAUCUACUCCAACCGUCCAGAGGGAGCUCAGACCUGGACUGACACCAGGCCGGCCUGCCUUCUAGGCAUUAGGCCUUGUCAUUUCUGUUCAGUUUGUACAUUCUUUAUUCAGCUCUGGUUAAUUUCUAGUUGCUCGCAGUGCACAAAACCACAGGUUAGAGGCGCUGAGGAAACAGACCAAAAAAUAUGGCACAAUCUUGCAUCUAAGUGUAAACCAAUGUCGGAGAAUCACUUAUACAGAUGCCCAAUGUUUUACAGUUGUUUCUAUAUUGUAUUUGGUAUCUCCAUAAAACCACAUUCAGGGCUGUUAUGGAUAUUUAAUUGUAGUUUCACACUAAAUACAGGCAUAAAUCUCAUCAAUAGACCUUCAUACUUAUCCAGCAGUUCUCUCUUUUUUCCACUCUUCCUUUGGGAAGUAUUGUAGGAAUUCAGACAUAAGUUUGGAGGUGGUGUUGACCCUGGUUUUUGGGUCACAGCCAGAGGAACUGGGGAAAGAGGACCUAAAGAAACACACACAGACCCCCCCAAAAAAGGUAACCCUCAUGUGAAAUAUCCCAGAAUGGGACACAUCCCUCUAUUUGAUCCAUUGAUUAUAAUUUUUUAGAUCAUGUUUUGAGAAAGCAGGGAAUCUUUAUGUUUUAAGAUCUGUACCCUUGAUGUGUUCGAAAUAAUUUAUUUAUCAAACGAUUUUGAGUGCUUUCAGGAUACCCAUGUUGAGGGAAGCUAUUGUUGUUGGAAAAUAAGCACAAUUAAAGGUUUGUUAUAAACUUCAA